CGUCGUUCUCAUCACUUACUCUCCUUUCCCACUUGCUUGCACACCCUAUCGCCGACCACAGGGAGGUCUCUCCAAGGUCAUGCCAAACCCCUUCGGCAUGUUCGGCUCGGACGCCGGCUCAGCCCCCGCUUCCACCUCCCAGAGCCGUUCCGCCUCUCCCGCACAGACCUCGGCCGCCCUCCCUCCCACCUCUCUCCGCCGCCCCGCAUCUCAUGGCCGUCUGGCCCAGCUGAUGGUUCCAGGAAAAGGGAGGGCGCGAAGCUCGUCUUCGGCGAGUCAAGAGGCGACGACCACGCACAUCACCGUGCAUGCAGAUGACUCGCCGUUAGCCGGCCGCACGACUCCGGAACAGCGGCGUCGGUCUGCGCGAGCUGCCGCUGCGUCACUGCUUGCUAGCGAUGGAAGGUACAAGAAGUAUGCGCAACAGGUCGACAAGAGCUUGCAGUCGUUCGAGAAUGUCAACGAGUGGGCCGACUUCAUCUCGUUCCUGUCGCGCUUGCUCAAGACACUCCAGGGCCCAUCGCCACCGUACUCUGAGGUUCCACGAAAGGUUAUUGUGGCGAAGCGUCUCGCGCAAUGCCUUAAUCCCGCCUUGCCGGCGGGCGUCCAUACUCGAGCGCUAGACGUGUACAGCCACAUCUUCAGCAUGAUCGGGGUAGAGGGAUUGAAGCGCGAUCUCCUCAUUUGGUCGUCUGGGCUGUUCCCGUUCUUCCAGAACGCGUCCACAUCGGUUCGACCAGCACUCAUCAACAUCUAUGAGACAUACUAUCUGCCGUUGGGCGAGGACUUGAGGGCGGCGACUAAGGCUCUCAUCUUGGCUCUGCUUCCGGGAGUGGAGGAGGAAAUUGGCGACUUCUUCGAGCAGGUCAUGUCGCUGCUUAACCGCCUCUCGGACGCGGUGUCGCAAAGAUUUUUCCUCCAGAAUGUCUUCCUUGUUUUAAUUUCCAGUCCUGUCUCGCGUCUUGCGGCUGUGAACUAUCUCGCGCGUACUCUCACCGAGCCUCCGGUGGACCUCGUCUCGGACUCUGAUGUCGGGCUCUUAAUACGAGGCGUGGCGGCCGUGUUGGGAGACGACAACAUGCUUGUGCGUCGGGGCGGCCUCGACCUACUGCUCAGAGUGUUGCCGAUUGACGGGGCGAUUCUGAAGGACGCGUCCAAAGGCGACCGUGAGCACUUGACGCGCGCAGUUAGCGCCGUCGUGCUUCACCGCGAUGUAUCCCUCAGUCGACGAGUGUAUACGUGGUUUCUCAGCGCCGACGAGGCACCUGAAAGGCAGAUUGAAUUCUUUGAGGCGCACGGAUUGGAUCUGCUUGCGACCACGCUGGAGCACGACAUGCAGCUGCUCCCCAGCGCGAGCGAUGUUUCGGAUGCGCAGGCACCUUUCAAGAUGUUCCUUUCGCUGCUUGACAAGUGGGAAAUAGGCGAGUUGCUGUCGCACCGCCUAGCAGUUCCGUCUCUGGAAGCAAUCCGCUCAACAGCAGCGGCUGGCCACCAGGAUGAAGUUCGCAGCACGGCGUCCGCGGUUUACGAGGCAAUCGAACCUAGUGUGCUGUGGAAACACCUGUACAGGGGGGUCGAGGAGGAUAUGGAGAAGGGCGUGCUGGACCAUCUGAAGCUUGUUCUGUGGCUCCUCAACGCUAUCCCUCAGCACGACGAGGAGACGCUCACAAUACACGUCCCGUUGAUGGCAGGGCGCAUUCUCCGCGGUGUGAAUGAAACUAAACAAGAGGCUGUUCUGGAGGCUGCACUCAAAACGCUUGAGGCUUUACUCAUUGCUACCCCGGCGGCGCUUUUCAACAACGCUCCGGAGAAGGUAGAGACCUGCGAAGGCUCAUCUAGGUCGGCAGAGGAACUCGCCUACUCGCAACCACUGAACGCAGAGGAGGCUGCCAAGGUCGUUCGUUCGAGGAUAGUGCCCCGAAUCGUGUCCGAUGUCUUCGAGAUCAGUGAAAAGGCGUUGAGGGAACGAUGGGCGCCAUCACUGCUGCUGCAAUUUGUGCAGCUAACCAAGGCGCUAAUCGAUCGUGAAGUACCCCCACUCAACGCCGUAGACAGCAAGUCUUGGUCGGCAGCCGUUCUUCAAUGCCUGGAGAGGGUGCACUCGUUCGCCGUCGUCGACGUUUUAGUCGACUCGCUAUUACAAGCAAGUCGCUCGCGUUUGUUCAAGCCGCCAAUUGACCUUGCUUCAGAUGCGGUCAUGAGCCCCAUUCUCGACGCCCUCUUCCGGUAUCUUCGGCCUGACGCAGCGGCAUACCACGCCCGUGCAGUCGAGCUACUGUGGGAGUUCAAUCAACUGGCGGAAGUUCACACGCUCGAGAGCGUAAUUGCGCGCCGCAUGAGCUCACCAACACGCAAGGCUGAGGCCUUUGAGGCAUUUGGCGUACUCUGGCGACAGUCGGACGACUCGAUGCUCCCGGGAGAGAUUUUCCACGUGCCCAUGUUCAUGAUCCUCGACGGACUUAGGGGUGACGACCCGCACGUUCUUCGGGCAGCCGAGACAUGGAUGCGCUGUAACUUACGGUCGUAUUUCCGAAUGCUGGACCCCCUCUUGCGACGCACAUUGGCGCUACUUGCACAGCGGUCGGGCAAGGUCGCCUCUAGCGACGCCUCGCUGAUGUACUACUUCGUCACAAGCCUGACCAGUUUGUUCCGUUUCGGUGGGCAGGGUCUGGGUAAGGCAUGCCAGUCGAUGGAGAUCCGCAAAUCGCCCAACACGCUUUUCGUGAACCGCGUCGAGGAGACGUUCCCUGAGGCGACGACGUAUCUGGAGCUAUUAACUGGGCUUCUCACGAGGUUGCUUGAAUCUGCGCCGAAUGAACAGCUCACGCUUCGUGUGCAGUCCGGCUCUCUGGAGCUGUUGCAACUCCUGGUGUCUCGCGGUGACCUGCCACAGAAGUCACAGGCGCAGGUCAAAGUCGCCCUCGUGGAGAAGCUGUCCGAGGCCACACAACAUAAGCAUCUCACCCUGCAGAACACUAUGCUGCACCUCCUCCACGCCGCACUGUCGCAAGGAACGGAGCGACGACGCGGCCACCGGGUAUCCUCGUCGACCUUCUCGCUUCCGGAGCGACCCAACAGCCUCGACACGGCCGAGCAUGAGUUCGAAGACUCGAUGCUGCGGAUGGUAAUUGCCGGCGUGUCUGCGCCUGGCAAUCGUCCGAUUCUGCAACACUGGGUGGACUUUGUCCUGAUGACUGUACCGCACCUUGAGCACGAUGCGCGACAGCUGAGAGCGCUAAACGACUGCUUCUGCGAGCAGCUGCGCAUGACGAUGCUCAAGCUCCGCACGACUUUCGCCAUAUCCACUCCCGGCGACGUUCCGGCGACGAUAACCGAGGCGGAGCCCAUCAUGCUGAUCGGAGUGAUUGAAAGACUCGCCACAGUAUUGGGCGGAAGGGCGGGCGGAAGGCGGAGCGAGGACCGUGACAGGCGCGAGCACGACGGCGGCGGCGGCUUCCUGGGAUAUUUGCCAACGGUGUUCUCCGUCGAGGCUCCGCAGGACAAUGCGUCAAAAUACGAAGCGGCACGGUACCUUGACGACAUAAUGGACUGCCUUCUGGUAACGUGGACAGUAAGCAACGAGACGGAUGCGCAGUCGGCCCUACCAGUGGCGACCGCCGCGUCCAGGAUACAGAUCAUGUCUCGCACGCGCACGCGUGCCCGCAAGGCGCUCGAAAAGUUGUUCAAGGCUCAACCAUCCGAACUGGUGGCGAGUUCGGUGCAAGUAUGGGCUGCGCAGUCAAGCGACAUUGAGGACUCGGCGAUUUUUGAUUGUCUCGACACCUUGGCGCCGAGCGCCCAGAAGGUCGUGGACCUCAUCUGCGAGCAUAUGAACGGUAAAGGUCGUGGGGCUAUCGAAAGCUCAAACCCCGCGCUUACCGCCUUCUUGGAGGCAUACAUCAGCCGCCUCGAGGGGCCCAUUGCUGUGCAAGUUUGGAACGCGCUGUAUGGAUGCGCGCGUGAUGUGCUCAGCCAGUCAAACUCGCCAUCGGCGCGUAUGCUGCUCUUCCCGAUGCUGCGGUGCCUCACGAUGUUGGGCCAGAUUGUUUCCACGACAAGCGCGCUGGAGGACCGCCGCCUCCGGCGAGACCUGCAAGAGACGUACGUCAGGGUUCUCGACGCAGUACUGUCGAACGCCACGCGUCUUGGUGACAGCGCACUAUGGCAGCGUGGUCACACACUCAGCGAGGAGAAACCACCCUCGUCUGACGGCGUGCAGAAGAUCUACUCUUUCAUCGGAGACCACGUGCUGCGCAAUCUGCGCACGUUCCUCGCAGACCAGGACAAGUGGUCUUCGGCGUGCGCGAGCGUGUCCUCGAAUAUUGUGACGCCGGCUUUCAAGCAACAGAAGGUCGAUCACGUCAUACUCUCGCUCCUCCAUGAGCUGACGAAGAUUCCUGGAGCGGCGAAGACGUGGCGCGUGCCCGUGGGCGACGCGUUCAAUGACAACCGAUUCUUCCGCAUUAGCCCGGAGGAGGCAGCUCAGUGGCGUCCACUUGUCUGCGCUCUGAUGGACAGCGACAAGGAGCGCCUUAGUGACUUGUUGGGAAGGAUUGCCGCUGCGCCCAGUGCAAACAUUUUCACGAAUCGCGAGGCUGAGACCAUCUCGCGAUCACUCAACCUCCGCCGCCUCAGCUUUGUUCUUCUCGCCGCCGAGCGCAACCAUCACCUUGCCCAGCUGCCGAGUAUCCAGGAGAAGCUCGUUGAGAUCCUGCGCACCAACGUCGUGUCUCCUCGCGUGCACUCGGAGGUGUAUCUGUGCCUGCGAGUCCUCAUGACUCGCAUUUCGCCGCAACACCUCGCCAACUUCUGGCCUGUCAUCCUCGCCGAGCUCCUACGCGUGUUCGAGGCAACCAUGGACGAGCCACCAGCGGACGGGAGUGAGGACCUUGCCCUCGUGCUGGCCGCGUGCAAGUUUCUCGAUCUGUUGCUUGUGAUUCAGUCCGAGGAUUUCCAGAUUCACCAGUGGAUCUUCGUUACGGACACGACAGACGCUGCGUACCCUCCCGAGCACUACUCACCCGAGGCGCUGGUCGACCGUCUCUCCGAGAUUCUAGUCGAGAGCGCCUCCAUCGCGAAGAGCGAGGACGCUAUUACCGUCGAGCUGGCGGACGAUCGCCCGCGCCGCCCACACCUUGCUGGUGUGCGCGCGCUGCACUCGCUGCACCAGCUACAGCCCUUCUUCAGCCGCGCGAGCAUCGACACCUUCGAGGGCGUGUACAACGACGCAGGCGUCGACUGGGAUGCGAUCGAGGAGGGCCUGAACGCCGAGAUCUUUGGACAAUGAGCGGCGCAGCCGCAAAGUAUAGAAUCUAGAUGCAUUACUUCUGCGCGUUGGUCCACAUCGCG